AUGAAUCAGUUGACAGUAAGUUAUGGCCUAAUUUCCCCAGAUUACUGCACCUCUCAGGAUGCGCACAUUUUACCCAUAACAAAGAUUCUAUAUCCGAAUAUACCAGGCAAAAACUACUUUCUCACUUCAGGAAGGGAUGGUUCCAUAAUUUUGCACAAAAAUAAGCAAAUCUCGAACGAUGUUGAGUCCAAGGCUACCACUACAUCAAAUGAUGCGAUAAGGAUGCAAGUUCAUAGCGAUUGGGCAAGCGACCUAAUACAUGUUAGCACGAAAAAUUCAGACCCGGUUUCAGAAGACACGUUCAUAUCAGUAAGCCAUGAUUUUUCUAUCGUAUUGAUUAGUGUGAAUUUACAGUUGACGACAUGGGAAAAGAAAAUAAUUGGUGAUCAUGAUGAUUAUAUCAAAUGUAUAGUGCAUAUACCUUAUGAUGUAUUGCAUGAUUAUGAACUUAAUGAACAAGAAAGCGGCACUGAUAUUGAUUACGGCGAAACGAACCAUGAAAUUGUUACUGAUGAAUUGAACCACUUCCUUUUUGCCACAGGUGGUUUAGAUAGAAAAAUCAAAGUUUGGUGUCUAAACAACGGUCCAGAAAAAAUGGCUACCUUACUGCACACAUUUGAUAACGCGCAAUCAAACGAUACAGGCUCAAUAUAUUCCAUGAGCUCCGUCGUCCCAGAAUACAAAUUUGAUGAUAACCAAACAACUCGUCCUUUUGAUCUAGUUGCCGGAGACUGUAAUGGUGAUCUAAUUUUCUAUUCAUGUAGAAACCGUAAAGAGGUGAUCAGAAUUGGAAACGCUCAUAACGCAAACAUCAAGGUAGUUAGAACCGUCAAUGAUUCCACACGACUAAUAAGUACCAGUUCGGACGGUGUAAUAAAUGUAUGGGACUUGAAUUGUAAGCAUGAUCAAACAACUGGUGCCCUCCAAGUACCCGAAAAAAUUGGAUCUUGGUCUUGGGAUUCUUCAAUAUGGUGCGUACAAGGAACAAGCCUUGAUCAGCUGUAUUUUGGUGACUCUCAAGGCAACGUGAUGAGAGCAAACUUAUCCAGUUAUAAAGAUGCUAAACUUUCAAGAAUUUUCAAACCUAACCGUCGCCAUCAUCAUUAUCAUAACGAACGUGAAGAGCACAACAUAUCAAGCAAUACGGACACGAAGUUAAAGAAAUACGGCGGAAUACUUGAUAUUGCUCUUUUACCGAAUGAGAAGCUAUUGUUUUCGUUUUGCACCGAUUCAAAUUUGAACGAGCUCGAUUUAACUAAUAACCAUUUCAGCGUCAAUGAAGGAGGUUUUGCUCUGACGAGAAGUUCCCUGUUAACUAACAGAAGACAUGUGAUAACAGAAAACACAAAAGGCCAAAUGCAAAGGUGGGACAUUGUAUCAUGCGAGCUUUUGGACACUUUUGAUUCAUCAGAGGGUUCCUUUGAUGAUAUCGUAAUCAAAUAUACAUCAAAGGAAAUACUAUCUCAUUGGUGUACCGUUUCUGUUAAGGUUGGUAUGCUCUUUGUAAAAAUAAAUCCAAAAUUUCUCAAAACUGAGAUUUACGGAUCUGCGUUAAAAGAUUAUCAAGUUGUGAAUAAUAUAGAAGUUAACUCAGAUGAGAGAUAUAAUUUGGGUAAGAUCGUUAUCAAUUCACUUUUUAAUGAAUUCAUAUCAUACGAAGUCCAAAAAGAUAAAAUGUUAAGGAAGAGAAUUUUUAGUCUAAAAAAGAAAGACUUGAACAACUCGUCAACCUUGGAUACAGGAUACAACACCGAAUCCAAAAAGAAUAGUAAAGAUAAGAAGAGGAAAUCAACAUUUAAACUAAGCUCAACUUUGUCCAUUGGGAAUACGAAUGGCAGUGCGACGCCACCAAAUUCGGCACCUGCGACGCCGAUAAUGGCGGAGAUCACAACGUUAGAAGAGCAACCGUUAUUGCAAUCUCCUCCAGAUAAGACAAUAGACGAUUCUUUGGAAUUAGUACAACCGUUGCCUACAUCUAAAAAACCUUAUUUUAGAACUCAAAGUUCUGGCUCUUUGUUAAGUAGGAAGUUUAAAUCAUUUAGGUCUACUUCUGGCCGUGCCACAACGGGGUUAAACACACCAGAGGAUCCCAAAAGCAACUCUCUAGAUACUGCGCAUGUUAUCAAUGAUGACUCUGCUAUUUCUCAACCUAUAAAUGCACUUCAGCAGUCCAAGGGUGCGACCCCAGAAUCGAUACUAUGGAAUCAUCCUUUCAAGCUGGAACAAAAACUAUCCGCUAUUUCGUCGCAAGAUUUACCCAGUAAUAACGUUCAUAAUAAAUUAAAAUCGGCUGAAAACUCGAGGGCUAAUUCCACGUUAACAUUAGAAGGAAACGAAAAAAAGGAUCCUGAAUUUAUGCCGGAUUUAUUAGAGCAAAUUCAAGAGUCUUACAGGCAACAGUAUAUGAACACUUCUUCUUUAAAAUAUCUGACGAAGAGACUCCCAGUCACCAAGAUAAUUAAGGCCAGUUCAUGUCCAAUAAUCAAGGUUAAAUCUGCCACCUUGGUUUUGGUUCAUCUUUGGAAAGAGGGUUCAUGCGGUGGCAGGGUUUUAUUCUCAACCCUUUUACCGCCAUCCCGUGUCGAUUAUGAAACUGUUCACAGCGGCAAAGAAAACUCCAAAUUACCAGAUGAUGAAGAGUUAGAUCUUCAAGUUGUAGAUGAUGAUAAAUUAGGCCAAUAUGAUCUUGUUGAUGGUGAGCAAGGAAGCAGACUGAACAGAAGGCAAAUUUUUGAGCAAUUAGAGGAAAAUUUACCCUAUUGGUUUGCGAAAGCUCUGUUUAGGGAUAUUAAGACGGUGGAAGAGCAACCAAAGUUAAAUUUCCUAAUCAUGCCAUGGUCACCUGUUAGUAGGAGUGAAACCAAUGGCAGUAAUGAAAAUAAGAAGAAGAACAUUAGCGCACCUGAUACUACUGAAUCUUCUGCAAACGAGAGUAGCGAUAGCAGCCUUGAACAUAGUAGUGAAGCUAUUUCGCCAUCAACGCAGCAACAGUUUCAUAAUAUGUUGAAAUUCGGUCGUCCGAAGACUAGUGAGCAAGAGCUAAACCCCACAGAUUUGCCCAAGAUCUCUGAGGCAAAUGUCAAACUGGUCGCGCCUGGGAUGAUUAGAGUGAAAAAGAUUAAACUGUACGUUGCUGACCGGUUUGAGUCAAAGACGCCUGAAAUGAAAGCAAAAAUCGAACCAAGCCUUUGGUUAGACCUGAUAUGCAAAGGCCAAGUGCUCGAUAAUGACAUGACUUUAAAUACUGUUAGAACCCUUUAUUGGAAAUCCCAGGGUGACAUCAUUUUAGAAUACAGAAGAAAAGUACAUACUUCACCAUUGAUUCACGAAGUCAGUGGGAACGAGGCCAAAUGA